AUGGCCCAAUGGGUUAAGGAGGAGCGAGAGAAAUAUCUUAUGGAACUCAUUAGACUCGAAGGCCGCGGUGAUUAUGCUACCCGUGAAGCCUGUCGCGGGAAUCGUGAAUGCACAUUCGAGCCGGAGUAUCGUUGCAAGGACUGUUUUGGCACUGAACUGUACUGCAAGGGUUGCAUGGUAGAAAGGCAUCGUGAUAAUCCGCUGCACAGGAUCGAGCACUGGAAUGGUUAUUACUUCGAGGAUACUACCCUCAAAUAUCUUGGACUCCGAAUCCAGCUUGGCCAUGCAGUUGGUGAACGAUGCUUCAAUCAAUCCAAGGCAUUUGAUGACGAUUUCGUGAUUUUGGACAUCAAUCAUGUUCACGAGGUCGCACUGGAUUUUUGCGAGUGCUCGUGCGCACAAAGUCACACCACACAAAUUCUUCGAGCCCGCUUAUACCCUGCAACAUGUUCCGAUCCAAAAUCAGCUGCCACCUUCCGAGUUUUGCAACACUUCCAGAUGUUGACUUUCGAGUCAAAAGCGUCCGCAUUCGAAUAUUGGCAGACGCUCGCUCGUCUCACAGAUAACACGGGUAUCAAGCCCUGCAAGGAUCGCUACGAAAGCUUAUUGCGUAUGAUCAAGCAAUGGCGGAACAUCACGCUUCUAAAACGCUUCGGCCGAGGUCACGAUCCUGCUGGUAUCAAUGCGACUGAACCUGGAGGAUGUGCGGUGCUGUGUCACGCCUGCCCUCAUCCUCGCAAGAAUUUACCAGAUGACUGGAGAAUGGCGCCCCCUGACAAGCAAUGGCUGUAUGCACAAUAUUUUGCUAUUGACGCGAACUUUCGGUUGGUCCGGAAGAACGUGUCCUCUGAUAGCGUUGACCCUGGUUUGAGUAAAGGGUGGUCUUAUUUCGUCGAGGAGACCGGCUUUAAAGUAUUCCUGAAGGAUAUUGGAAAGGUCUCACAAGAGAAAAGCACUUGCGUCAAUCACAACGCCGUGAAUCUCGCUGAAACAAAGAACUCACGAGGGCUGGCUGCGACAGGAGCAGGAACCGUGGACUGUUCUCGUCACAACUUCAAGCGGCCAUGCGGAGUGGGAGAUCUUCAACGAGGAGAAAAGUAUAUGAACAUGGAUUAUCUCUUUUUCUCGACCGUGCAGCACUCUGAUGAAGUCAGCGUACUUAACGUAUCCUACGAUAUUGCCUGUCAGUGGAGCAAACAUCUAUGGGACCGCAUGUCAAAAUACCCCUCGCGUCUACACUUCGAGCGCGACGGAAAGACAAUGACAUUCCUUAUUCCAAAGUUUCACUUACCAGCUCAUAUCGCCGCCUGUCAGAUAUCAUUCUCGCAUAACCUUAUCAAGGGGAUGGGACGCACCGAUGGUGAGGCCCCAGAGCGAGGAUGGGCCAACAUCAAUCCCGUCGCUACAAGCACACGGGAGAUGGGUCCUGGUGCACGCAGAGAUACUCUUGAUGACCAUUUCGGUUACUACAACUGGAAAAAGGUGACUAACUUUGGCAUCAGUUUAUUGAGCAAGAUAAAGACCGCAAUCCCUGAGUGUGAACAACACCAAUCCGAUUUCAACGAAUUCAACCGUGCACUGACUGAAGAACGGCCGAGUGAAGUGGCCCAGUGGAAAGAAGUUGUUGAAAACUGGGAGUCCGACCAUUCAAGCAAAAAUCCGUUUGAGAUAAGGACGGUCUCCAUGACACUGGCGGCCGUGCGCCUCAAACUGUCUCAACAAGAAGCCGAAGACCUCGAAAAUGGGCUCAACAAUUCAUUGCAUAUGGAUAUCUCACCCGGCGUACUGAUAUCAUCUGGACUGGACCUUGAAGAACAACAUGCCCAUCCAACGGAUCUGCAAACGACGAAGCUGCAGGAACGCUCGAAUGCACUCCUGCGAAAGAUAGAGCAGUGGUGCAACAUUCAGUUGCUCUACAUGCCUGCAGUCGGACGCCUUCGUGCAGUUGAAACUGCAAACGUGCAAUCGCUCCGUGAGGAGAAGGCUCAUGAAGUCAAGCUGUGGUUUCCAUCGAAGGUCAAGGAGACCACUGAGCCAUGCGAGGAGUCGCUUUGCGUAUAUGAGUGGGAGUUGCGGCGUGCACAGGCACACGAAGCUCUGGACGAGCUUCGCCGACAACUCCGACUUCGUACUCACCUCUACAAGUUCAAGGAUGCGCACAUUCGUGGUCAACGAGCCAAUACUAGGGCGUCCACGGUGCUUAACAAAGUAGAACAAACCAUAAAAACUGCUGUUGCGAGGUAUCGCAGAGCCUGGUCAGCCGUCAAGACGCUAUCCGUGGUCCUGGGCAAGCCAAACUGGGAAGUCGAGCUGCCAGAGUUACGACCGGCUGAUGUUCGUGGGAUGACAGAAGGAGAAGCCGGGCAAUCUGAAGGCACCCGCACCUUGUCCUGGAUUUGGAAGACCCACGGUGUAGCUGGAGUUGGCGAAGACAGCGAGGCUGUCCUAUCUGAAGGAUUGCGUAUUGAAUGGUGCAAGUCUCGGGCACGCGCUAACCGGUGGGCCGAAGAAGUGGACCUCCUGCAAGAGGAGAUGCGGCGUGUAGCCAGCUUUCUUUCGUGGCAUGCUGGGUGGUGGGAGGAGCAGGCAAAUCGGAGGACCGCCCUAGCUGCACCCGAACAGGAGGGGAUCGAGGGGUAUGCGAAACGGCAGGCUGCUCUUCGUAGAGCCAUGCGGGACCGAUUCCAGAAGAUGUGGAGUGUCGUGCCAGCGCUUCUCCAGUCCACGUCGCCUGCAACAUCAGUGUUGUAG